AUGGAUACCUCAAUUGUUUCCGACGAUACGAGGGGUGGAGGCCGGUCGCGACGUGUCUCACUCCCGCCGGCGUACCUGCGAGCGUCGUACCAGCUGACGAUGCCGCGAGGUCGACUGUCGAACGGGAAACGUGGGGCGACCAUUCCUAAGCGCCUGAGCUUAGCCAAGAAGGGAAAGGAGGUGGUGCAGCCGGAGCAAGAUGACGGGACGGGCGCCGAAAGUGCAGAUUCGUCCGAGCGCAGCGAGGAGGAUGACGAGGAAGGCUCAGACACAUCGACCAGCGCCUCACACGAAGAAUCCGCCGACCCUGCUCCGGAGGCGAAGACGAACGAUGAUGGGUGUGCGGGAACCGCUGCGCCCAAUGCUGACAUGCGCGCAAGCCAAGGCGCGCGGGACACGGAUGUGCCUCGAGGUGACGGCCGAGGACAUGCGGACAGACCUGUGGACCGCACAUGUGGGAACACGUUGAACCCAAACGGCGAUGACGUGCGCAUCCCGAGCAGGGUCCUCGAGCAACUUAUACAGGCUCAGGACAAGAGCGCCAAGGAGAACGCGCGGUUGGAGGCGCUAUUCUUGAAUGCGAUGUCUCGGCCUUCCGGUGGCUCUCGUAAGCGUAAGGCGCAGAAGCAGAGAGACCCGGGACAGGGGUGUAUGAACCGGAAGUGUCAGCGUGGCAAGACGUGGAGUGGAGGGUCAGACGACGAGGCCGAGGACGACGAGGACGACACGCAUGGUUCUGGUGGCCAUCAUAUGCGUACCGCAAAGUCCCCUAUUCUGCAACGCGCGCUGGAGCAUUUGCCGACGGACAAGGCGUGGAAGAGGGUUUGCGAGCUCGCCAGGGUGCACAUGUUUCUCAACAGGCCGGCGUCGACGAUGACCUUCUACCCGAGCAGCGACGAUAAGACUCAUGGAGUGUGUGCGGUGCUGGACCGCCUGCCGCAUAGCUUCGCUUGCUUGGCGUUGGCGGCUGACAAGUCGCGACGCGCGGACCUCAACAAGACGCUCUCUGAGUGGAAGACGCGGGCCGCCGCCCGCGUGCGAGACAUUGCACUUCCCAAGCUCGGCUUGUUCCGCGACGACAGGGACGCAUCCAGCCCAUGGGCACCAGAGAAGGAGCGCAGUAUCGAGAAGAUCCGGGAGCGCAUUGGGCUUGGCGCUGACCGCCCUGACCGGGACGGCAUGCCGUUUGCCUCUCGGGCGUUUGCGACAUGCGCGAAGGCUGCAUUCAGGCCUAAGAAGGCCGGGCUGGUGAUGACUCUGAAGGUGUACCACCUGGCCUGGUUGGAGCAUGUGGAAAGGCCGGCUUUCCAACUCGGCCGGGGAAACGCCCACGUUGUGGACGGCCUCAAGGUCCUGGUGAAGGAGGCCGUGGAGAGGGCGAUCCGGAUCCGCAACCCGGAGUAUGACGCGGAGCGCGAGGCGUGGACCUGGGGCCGCCAUGGACUGCGCAUCUCUGCGUGCGGCCUGGAGCACAUGAAGCCCACCGCCGCAGCUCAGUCCGAAGACCUCGUGAGGGAUGACGACCUUUCGGCGUCAGUUGCAUCGCUUCCCCCCCUUCCCUCGUUCCCUCUCGCUUCCAGUGCACAGCAGCAGGUCGCCCAGACAUGCAAGUCGUUCAGAAGACACACCACCGCUCUCAACCGCACUCCCAGCGCCUCUCUGCCGGCGUGCUCCUCCUCUCUGGGCGCAGACGGGCUAGCAGGAGCGCUGCUGUGCAGCCUGCUCUACCCGCAACCCCACGUGCUGAACCCGCUGCUGGCGUCACUGGUACCCUGGCUUCCACUCAUAUCGCUGCUGCUAGUGGGGGGGAUGGAAGUGGGGGGGGGCGUGGGGGGGGAGGCUGGGGGUAGCAGGCAAUUGGGUGGAGCAGCAGAGAAGGGGGCGGAGCGGAGGGCGUGGGAGUGGAUGUCUGAGGAGGUGGUGAGGAGACCAGGUGGGUGGGAGCAUGAUGACGACAGCAUGGCAGCCCUGUGGGAGCGAGACACACCUGCUACUGAGAUAACAACUGGCAUGCCAUUGCAAGGGUCACAGGACCAGCAGGAGCAGCCUCUGCCUGUGAGGGAGGUGCUGUGGAAGAGAAGGCAUCAGAGGGACGUUCAGGAGGAGGACUUGCAGCGAGGGAGGAGAUUUCCCUGUGUUGUUGCCGCUUUUCAGGAAGCCUCCCUUGCUGGUGUGCCGGAGCGGGCAGCAACGGACCAGGCCUGUGCUGACGUGGCAGCGGUGGCGGCUUUGACUGGCCACUCUCCCGAGGCUAACGCUGCGAUAGUGGGUGGUGGUUCGGGAGAAGGCUUGGCAGAAGCAGCCGCUGCUCGGUCUGUGACGGUUCAACUGGGGAAUCUGCGAUUGCAAGUGCAGAGAGCAGACAUCCUUCCCGCCGCCGAUGGCAGUGGUGAUGGUAGGACUGAUGGAGAGGCAGGAAGGAGGGGGCCCACAGGAGGGCUGUUUGGCAGCGAAUGGGAGCAAGAGGAUGACAGUAACAAUAGCAGCAGCAUGAAUAGUACUAGGGGAUUGAAGCGUGGUGGUCAGUUCCCCUCCCCGUCCUCCGCCUCUUCCACUCCUCUGCCAGCAGUGAGGGAGGCAGCAGUGCAGACAGCACGAAACACAGUGGAUGUGAGGGGGCGGAGUGCAGAGGAUGCAUUAGCAGCGGUGGACCUAGCAGUGCAGUCCACCCCGGCUGGUGCUGUGCUCUUCAUUGUGCAUGGGCUUGGCACGGGUGUGCUUCGGGCAGCUGUGCUGAAAUAUCUCUUCCGGAAAGCAGGUUGA